AUGUGUACUUCACAAAUUCCCACGAAACAAAGAGCUCUUGUUUGGGAGAAUGUCGGUGAUAAACCAUUUGAAUUCUCUACUAAUGCACCUGUUAAACAACCAAACGAAUUAAAAAAUAAUCAAGCUUUAGUUCAAGUUUUUGCAUCUGGUCUAAAUCCACUUGAUAGUAAAUUAGGUAGCAGUAAUUGGGCACACGUUGAACUUCCUGGUGUACCCGGAAUCGACAUAUCUGGUAAAAUUGUUGCCGUCGCUAAUGAUGUAACAGAUUUUAAAAUUGGUGAUGAAAUAUUUGGUUCUAAUACAGUGAAAUUAUGUGGUGCUUUUCAAGAAUACGCGGUAAUAAAUACGGAUUAUUUUAUUAAAAAACCUCAAGGCGUCACUCAUGAACAGGGUGCUGCGCUAGGUCUGUCAUAUCUCUGUGCUUUCGAUGGCCUUCAUCAUGUACAAGAUAAAUUGAAAGCUGGUGCAACAAUUUUUGUGCCUGGGUAAGUUUUCAGAAUACGAAAAAAAGGAAUUUCUAUGUCACCUGUUCGUCAAGAAAUUCUAACCAAUUAGAUCGUUGAAGAUGAGAUGCGCAUAAAAUUUAGUGUGAACUUGAUUCGACUCAAACCGAAACUUUUUUUCUCAAAAAAUUAACAGAUUAUAAUAAUAGGUUGAAAAAGAUCCCGUUUUCCACUAUUCAAGUAAUAUUUUAUCGUAAAAACCCUGAAGUAAUGCUAUUUUAAGUAAAUGUUGAUGAUUUUACGGUAAAAGUAAGGUGCCAAUAAUUCAAACUUACAGGAAAAUUUUUGUUUUGAACUUAUUAUAUACCAUUCGAUAGAGUUUUCCAAGCAGAUCAAGAAUAUGUAGUUUUCAAUUUUCAAGACUUUCUCUUCUUCGAAAAAGUUAGAGUUUUCGACUUGGGUUUUUAGUUGGAAUGUUCAAACUAUUUUUUUUCUUAUUCAGCGUUAAAAGUUGAAUUAAAAAAUAAUAUUAAAUCCAUUUCGAAGAUAAAUCCCUGUUCACAAUGGGCGUU